ACGAGACCGUUGGGUGGUGGGAGGAGCCAGUGGCUGGGGAGGUUCUAGUCUGUUCUUCCUCGCUGCAGCCGCCCCCUUCUACGCGAUCGCGCUGAGCUACUAGUGUCCCGGCCUGGAAUCGGGCUGCUGCGUCCUCAGCCGCGUCGUCUGCCUCCUGACCAUGGACCCCCGCAAAGUGAACGAGCUUCGGGCCUUCGUGAAAUUGUGUAAGGAGGACCCGAGCGUUCUGCACAGCGAGGACAUGCGCUUCUUGAGGGAGUGGGUGGAGAGCAUGGGGGGUAAAGUACCACCUGCUGCUCAGAAAACUAAAGAAGAAAACAUCAAGGAAGAAAAUACGGAUAGUAAGAAGGCAGAAGAAAACAUAAAGACAGAGGAACCAUCAAGUGAGGAGAGUGAUCUAGAAAUUGAUAAUGAAGGUGUGAUUGAACCAGACACUGAUGCCCCUCAAGAAAUGGGAGAUGAAAAUGCAGAGGUAAGUUCAAUUGAGAAGAUUGAACGUGAAGAUUCUUACCUGUUGCAAUAUUUAUAUAAUACGAUUCUUUUAGGAAGAAAGCACAUAGUGAAUCUUUCUUGGACUGUUCUCUGUAACUUUUGUUCUACUUUAGGUGAGCUACAGAAAGCCAUCAACUUGUUCACAGAUGCCAUCAAGCUGAAUCCUCGGUUGGCCAUUUUGUAUGCCAAGAGAGCCAGUGUCUUCAUCAAAUUACAGAAGCCAAAUGCUGCCAUCCGAGACUGUGACAGAGCCAUUGAAAUAAAUCCUGAUUCAGCUCAGCCUUACAAGUGGAGAGGGAAAGCACACAGACUUCUGGGCCAUUGGGAAGAAGCAGCCCAUGAUCUUGCCCUUGCCUGUAAACUGGAUUAUGACGAUGAUGUUUGUGCUAUGCUGAAGGAAGUUCAACCUAGGGCCCAGAAAAUUGCAGAACAUCGGAGAAAGUAUGAGAGAAAACGUGAAGAGCGGGAGAUCAAAGAAAGAAUAGAAAGGGUUAAGAAGGCUCGAGAAGAACAUGAGAAAGCCCAAAGGGAGGAAGAAGCCAGACGACAAUCAGGAGCUCAGUAUGGCUCUUUUCCAGGUAUGUUUAAAGCAAAAUUUAAAGCUCUUAGUGUUGUAAAUAAUUGUGAUAUACAGUAGAACCUCCAUAGUUGACCUCCUCCUUACA